AUGGUUUUAGCUGAUUUAGGACGUAAAAUUACUACUGCUUUGCAGUCUUUAAGCCGAGCCACAAUCAUUAAUGAAGAGGUUUUAAAUUCUAUGCUUAAGCAGAUUUGUGCUGCUCUCCUAGAAGCUGAUGUUAAUAUUCGUUUAGUUAAAAAUCUUCGCGAAAAUGUCCGUGCUGUUAUUGAUUUUGAUGAAAUGGCUGGGGGUCUUAACAAGAGAAGAAUGAUACAAUCUGCAGUUUUUAAAGAACUUGUAAAGCUAGUAGAUCCUGGAGUGAAACCCUACCAGCCAGUGAAAGGCAAGCCAAAUAUAAUAAUGUUUGUAGGAUUGCAAGGCUCUGGUAAAACAACAACCUGUACAAAAUUGGCAUAUCAUUAUUUGAGAAAAAACUGGAAAUCUUGUCUUGUUUGUGCUGACACUUUUAGAGCUGGUGCUUAUGAUCAAGUGAAACAGAAUUGUACUAAGGCAAGAAUUCCGUUUUAUGGAAGUUAUACUGAAGUAGAUCCAGUUGUUAUUGCAUCAACAGGUGUUGAUAUGUUUAAAAAAGAAGGAUUUGAAAUGAUCAUUGUGGAUACAAGUGGUCGGCACAAACAAGAAGAGUCACUGUUUGAGGAGAUGUUGGCAGUUGCCAAUGCAAUAAAACCAGAUAACAUCAUAUUUGUGAUGGAUGCUACAAUUGGUCAAGCUUGUGAAGCGCAGGCUCGAGCCUUCAAGGAGAAAGUAGAUAUUGGUUCUGUUAUCAUCACUAAGUUGGAUGGCCAUGCUAAAGGUGGUGGCGCUCUUUCAGCGGUUGCAGCCACACAGAGUCCCAUUAUAUUUAUAGGUACUGGAGAACACAUUGAUGACCUUGAACCAUUCAAAACUAAACCAUUCAUUAAUAAGUUGCUGGGUAUGGGAGACAUUGAGGGCCUUUUAGAUAAAGUAAAUGAGUUAAAACUCGAUGACAAUGAUGACCUUUUAGAAAAGCUAAAACAUGGUCAGUUUACCUUGAGAGCCAUGUAUGAACAGUUCCAAAAUAUUAUGAAAAUGGGCCCAUUCUCACAGAUAAUGGGAAUGAUACCAGGCUUCUCACAAGACUUUAUGUCAAAAGGCAGUGAACAGGAAUCAAUGGCAAAAUUGAAACGCCUCAUGACAAUAAUGGAUUCAAUGAAUGAAGGAGAACUUGAUCACCGUGAUGGUGCUAAACUUUUUUCAAAACAACCCACACGUAUUUCCCGUGUUGCUCAAGGUGCGGGGGUGACUGAAAGAGAUGUAAAAGAUUUAAUAGCUCAGUACACCAAGUUUGCAGCUGUAGUAAAAAAAAUGGGUGGUAUCAAGGGAUUAUUCAAAGGUGGGGACAUGGCAAAGAAUGUCAACCAGACUCAAAUGGCAAAACUUAACCAGCAGAUGGCAAAGAUGAUGGAUCCCCGGAUUUUGCAACAAAUGGGUGGAAUGUCCGGACUACAUAACAUGAUGAGGCAACUGCAACAAGGGUCUAGUGGAAUGAACAACUUAAUGGGUGGAAAGUGA